AUGAAUGACCAGUACCACCGAGCAGCUCGGGAUGGCUACUUGGACCUCCUGAAGGAAGCCACCAAAAAGGACCUGAACUCUCCGGAUGAGGAUGGGAUGACCCCGACGCUAUGGGCUGCCUACCACGGCAACCUGGACGCCCUGCGCCUCAUUGUCAGCAGAGGGGGUGAUCCAGACAAAUGUGACAUCUGGGGGAACACUCCUCUCCACCUGGCAGCAGCCAACGGCCACCUGAACUGCCUUUCCUUCCUCAUCUCUUUUGGGGCCAACAUCUGGUGCCUGGACAACGACUACCACACCCCUCUGGACAUGGCGGCCAUGAAGGGGCACAUGGAGUGCGUGCGCUACCUGGACUCCAUCGCUGCCAAGCAGAGCAGCCUGAACCCCAAGCUGGUGAGCAAGCUGAAGGACAAGGCCUUUCGGGACGCAGAGAGGAGGAUUAAGGACUGCGUGAAGCUGCAGAAGAAGCACCACGAGCGGAUGGAGAAGCGGUACAGGAAGGAGAUGUCGGACAACUCCGACACCAUGAGCUUCUCCAGCUACUCCAGCAGCACUCUGAGCAAGAAGUUCCAGCACAUGUCUAUGGUGACCUCCCUGCCAUACUCGCAAGCCACCAUCCACGGCACGGCCAAGGGAAAGACGAAAAUACAAAAGAAGCUGGAGAAGAAGAAGCAGGUGGAUGGGACCUUCAAGAUCUACGAGGACGGGAGGAAAAGCGUGAGGUCCCUGUCUGGCCUGCAGCUGGGCAACGACGUCAUGUUCGUGAAGCAGGGCACCUACGCCAGCCCCAAGGAGUGGACGCGGCGCAACAUCCGAGACAUGUUCCUCACCGACGAAGACGCCGUCUCCCGUGCCAUAAGCGACCCGGGUUUGCACAUGGACUCUGCCCACUCGGAGGUCAGCACCGACUCCGGCCACGACUCCCUGUUCAACCGCCCGGGGCUGGGCACCAUGGUGUUCCGGCGCAACUACGUCAGCAGCGGUCUCUUCGGUAUCGGCAGGGACGAGCCUGGCACCCCGGGCGAUGACCACGCCGAUGGGGUAGGAGUCCACCUGCGCAGCCGCCUGCAGCGCUCGCCAAGUCUCAACGACAGCAUUGGCAGUGCCAACAGCCUGCAGGAGAGGAACGCGGAGGAGCUGCCCUGGGACGAGGUGGAGCUGGGCUUAGACGACGAUGACGAACCGGACACCAGCCCCUUGGAGACUUUUCUGGCCUCCCUGCACAUGUCUGAGUUUGUUUCCAUCUUGAAGAAGGAAAAGAUCGACUUGGAAGCCCUCAUGCUGUGUUCAGACAAUGACCUGAAGAGCAUCAACAUCCCUUUGGGCCCCAGGAAAAAGAUUGUGGAUGCCAUCCAGAGGAGGCGGCAGACUCUGGAGAAGCCAGACGUCAUUGUGGACACUGAGCUGUAA